CCCUCCUCCCAUUCUCCCCCCUCUCUCCAGAGUCCUGUGGAAGGCCUGCAGCGGGAGGAUGGAGAGCAAGCCAGCAGUGAAUGGCCACGUUGUCCCCAGCUUUCCCGGGGAAGACAUGCCAGGGAAAACCCACUUGUGCCAGGACGCGAUGCCGAGCAAACAGCCAAGAGCAGCUGGCAGGGACGCGGUGGGGCCGGAUGCUCCCGGGAGCCCUCGGAGGCAGCUCGCAGCAUUGCCGGUGUGUAUGUAGAGGCUUCAAAGAAGAUAAUGAGCUUUUAUGAGGCCACCAGAGAGCAUCUCCUGAGCCUGGAUCCAGCCCUCAGCCUCCUCGAGGCCCAGGCAGCCACUGGCUCCAUCGCCGACCCGGUGACGCACCGGCACGUCUCGGUGGCAGAAGCCGUGCGGCUGGGGCUGGUGGGGCUGGAGCUGAAGGAGAGGCUGCUUGCAGCAGAGAGGGCUGCCACUGGCUUCCUGGACCCCUACACAGAAGAGAAGAUCCCCCUGUACCAGGCAAUGCAGAAGGAGCUGGUGGGAAGGGAGCAGGGCACCCGGCUGCUCCAGGCCCAGAUGGCAACCGGAGGCGUCAUCGACCCGGCCACCGGGGCUCGACUGCCAGUGGAUGUGGCCUGUGAGAGGGGAUAUUUGGAUGAAGAGAUGAGCCAGCACCUCUCUGACCCCAGCCACGAGGACAGCAGAGGGUUCCUCGAUCCCAGCACUACAGAGAAGGUCACCUAUUGGGAACUUAGGAAGAGAUGUGUUGUGGAUCCCGCCUCAGGCUUCCUCCUCCUGCCCCUGAAAAUCACAUUCCCAGGGCUGGGAGGGAGGGUGAGCAGCAGGGACCUGCUGGACUCUGGUAUCAUCAGCCAUGACGUGUUCCAAGGCCUCGAGGAGGGAAGAGUCUCUGUGCAGGAGUUGGCAGAGAACGAUGUUGUCCAGCAGUUCCUGCAUGGGACAAGGAGUGUGGCUGGGGUUGUCCUGCCUUCUGGGGAGCAGAGGAGCCUUUACCAGGCCCUGAGAGAGCAUCUCCUCGUGCCUGGUGCUGCUCUGAUGCUCCUGCAAGUCCAGGCCUCCACUGGCAGCCUGAUAGACCCCCUGAAGAACAAAACUUACUCAGUGGAUGAGGCUGUCAAGGUUGGUUUUAUCGGCCCAGAGCUUCAUGAGAAACUGUCUUCAGCUGAGAAAACCAUCACUGGAUACAGAGACCCCUCCACUGGGGAAAUGCUCUCUCUGUUCCAAGCCAUCAGGAAGGGAUUUGUCCCCAGGGACCAUGGCCUCUGUCUUCUGGAGGCUCAGAUGGCCACGGGGGGUGUGAUUGCUCCAGGCAGACACCUCCGUGUCCCCACAGAGACAGCCUACGAGUGGGGGUACCUGGAUGAGGCCACCAGACAGCUCCUCUCCAGCCCUCCUGACCACAUGAAAGGAUUCUUUGACCCCAGCUCCAAAGAAAAGCUGAGUUAUUCGGAGCUGCUCCAGCGCUGCGUCACCGAUCCUGGCACGGGGCUCCUGCUGCUGCCACUUGGUGGGGACAGCAGUGAAGGAUCCCAGGGAACCCACCUCUUCUUUGACCAUAGGGCCCAAACAGCUCUGGAAAACACACAGGUGCCCAUUUCUGUAGGGAAGUUCAAGGGCAAGUCAGUGUCUCUCUGGAAACUCCUCUUCUCUGACUACAUCCAGGGCGAGCGAAGAGCUGCUCUUGCCCAGCAGUUCCUGUCAGGAACACUCUCCACGCAAGGACUGGGUGAGUCCAUCAGAGCUGCUGUUGAGGAAAUGGCUGCCACUGCCAACGUCACCUUUGAGGGCCUGAGGGACCAGGUGACGGCUGACCAGCUCCUGAGCUCAGAAAUUAUCAACAAAGACUUGUUUAAGAAACUCAAGGAAGGUGAAACGUCAGCCAAAGAAGUUGUUGGCAUGGACACCGUCAGGAAGUACCUGCAGGGCACAGGAAGCAUCGGGGGGCUGCUGCUCCCCGACUCCCAGGAGAAGAUCAGCAUCUACCAGGCAAAGCGGAAAGGUCUUCUAAGGCCAGGAACAUCUCUGAUCCUCCUGGAGGCACAGGCUGCCACAGGGUUUGUCAUUGACCCCACUGCCAACAAAAGGUACUCUGUGGACGAGGCCUUGCGAGCGAACGUCAUUGGCCCAGACGUUUACGACAAGCUGCUGGCUGCGGAGAAAUCGGUCACCGGCUACAGAGAUCCCUACUCAGGGAGCAAGAUCUCCCUCUUCCAGGCCAUGCAGAAGGAGCUGAUUGUCAAGGAGCACGGCAUCCGCCUGCUCGAGGCCCAGAUCGCCACCGGCGGCAUCAUCGACCCCGUGCACAGCCACCGCAUCCCCGUGGAGGUGGCCUACAAACGCGGCUACUUUGACAAGAAGAUGAAUUUAAUCCUUUCUGACCCCAGCGAUGACACCAAGGGCUUCUUCGACCCCAACACCCACGAGAACCUGACCUACCUGCAGCUGAAGGAGAAGUGCAUCACCGAGCCCUCCACCGGGCUCUGCCUCCUCCCUCUGAACAGCAGGAAGCGGCAGUUCAUCGACGAGGCCACCAGGCAGGUGUUCAGGAGCUCCUGGCUGCCCGUCAGGUUUGGGCGCUUACGGGGGGAGAAGGUCUCUGUGUGGGACCUGCUGAACUCUGAGUACUUCAGCGAGGGGAGGCGCCGGGAGAUUUUCAACCACUUCCAGCUGAGGAAGCUCAGCCUGGAGCAAAUCCGACUCAUGCUGGAGGAGGAAAUGAAGAAAUGGGCCCCCAUCAAGUUCCCAGCCAUGCGAGGCAGCGUCAGUGCUUACCACCUGAUGGAAACGGGCGUCAUUGACAGGGCCCUGUUUGAGAAGGUGCUGGAGGGAUCCGUCACGCCAGAGCAAGUCCUGCACAUGGACUCUGUCAGGAAGUACCUCUAUGGCUCAGGCAGCAUUGGGGGGAUUGUGCUCCAGCCAUCAAACCAGAGGAUGAGCAUUUAUGAGGCCAUGAAGCAGAACAUUGUGGUGCCAGGAGUAGCUCUGCCCCUGCUAGAGGCCCAGGCUGCCACGGGCUUCAUCAUCGACCCUGUGAACAAUCAGAAGCUCCGUGUGGAUGAGGCUGUCAGGGAGGGAGUCAUCGGCCCGGACGUCCAUGAGAAGCUGCAGCACGCAGAAGGGGCCGUGACAGGCUACAAAGACCCUUUCACGGGCAAGAAGAUCCCCCUCUUCCAGGCAAUGAAGAAGGGCCUGAUCGAGGACAAACGGGCCAUGCAGCUCAUGGAGGUGCAGAUGGCCACAGGAGGCAUCAUUGACCCAGCGUGUGGCCACUACAUCCCCCUGGAGUCAGCCCAGCAGCGAGGGUGCCUGGAUGAGGACACGAGCAAGGCCCUUUCCAAGCCCAGUGAUGAGCACAGAGCCUUCUGCCUCCCGGAUAGCAAAGAGUCCGUGACCUACGCUGAGCUAAUCCAGCGCUGCCAGAAGGACGACGUCUCUGGCUUCCACUUGCUGCCUCUGCCUCAGACAGCUGCUCCUGCCUACACGGAUGAGCAAAUCCAACGGAUUUUCAAGGAAACUAUGGUGAAGGAAAAAGGGGUUUCCCUCUGGGAGCUCAUCCACUCAGGCUAUUUCACUGAGGAGCAGAGGAGUGACUUCGUGGAGAGGUUCCGCUCCGAGGAGUUGUCGCUGCAGCAGCUGGUCGCUCUUGUGCUCAGGCUUGUGGGGGACAUGGAGAUGAAAGCCAGGACCCAGAUCUCCCUGGAGGGCCUGCGGGGCAGUGUCCCCGUGGUCUGGCUGCUGGACACUGGCAUCAUUUCUGAGAAGACGUUUGAGGAACUGGCUCAGGGCAUAAGAACUCCUGAGGAAGUGGCUGCGAUGGAGAGCGUGAAGAGGUACUUGCAGGGCACAGGCAGCAUCGCCGGCGUCUUCAUAGAGGCAUCCAAACAGAAAAUGAGCUUCUAUGAUGCCAUGAAAAACAAUCUCCUCCUCCCUGGGGCUGCUCUGAGGAUGCUCGAGGCUCAGGCAGCCACAGGAUACCUGACUGACCCUGCAACGAACCGGAGGCUCAGCGUGAGGGAUGCUGUGAGAGCGGCUGUUGUGGGCGAAGAGCUCACCGAGAAACUCCUUCUCGCUGAGAGGGCCGUGACGGGGUACACGGAUCCCUACACAGGGAGCUCCAUCUCCCUGUGUCAAGCGCUGAGGAAGGAGCUGAUCCCCCUGGGAGAGGCUAUUCCCUUGCUAGAGGCCCAGCUGGCCACGGGAGGGGUCAUUGAUCCCAUCCACCACCUCCACCUGCCGCUCCAGGCUGCGUGCAGGUACGGCUUCUACAACGAGGACAUGAACCACACCCUGUCUCAGCUGAAUGACAGCACCAAGGUCUUUUUUGAUCCCAACACCAAGGAGAACGUGACCUACGAGCAGCUGAAGCAGCGGUGCAUUCGCGAGCCUGAGUCAGGGCUGUGGCUCCUCCCUCUGUCAGAAAAUGCCAUGUUCUGUGUGGAUGAACAGACCAUGGAAGUGCUGAAAUCUGUGACUGUUUGUGUCAACGUGGGGCGGUUCAAGGGACAGACAGUAUCUGUCUGGGACCUCCUCAACUCUGAAUACUUCUCAGACAGCAAGAGAAGAGAGCUGGUGCAAAAGUACAAAGAUGAGAAGGCUGAAGUGCUCCAGGAAAUCACAACAAUUAUCACCACAAUCAUCCAAGAGACUGAGGCACAAGGCAAGAAGUUUGCAUUCCAGGGCCUGCGGAAAAGAGUAUCUGCCAGUGACCUCUUCCAGUCCCAACUCAUAGACAAAAAGACCCUUGAUGAGCUCAACCAGGGGAAGAAAACAGUCAAAGAAGUCACUGAAAUGGAGUCUGUCCGCAGGUACCUGGAGGGCAGCAAUUUCAUAGCAGGGGUCCUUAUACAGCCAAGCAAUGAGAAGAUGAGCAUCUACCAGGCCAUGUGGAAAGGCAUCCUGAGGCCAGGGACUGCCCUGGUGCUGCUGGAGGCGCAGGCAGCCACUGGGUACAUCAUUGACCCUGAGAAAAACCAGAAGUUUUCCGUGGAGGAAGCGCUAAAGGAAGGUCUGAUCGGAGGGGAGAUUUUUGAAAAGCUGCUCUGUGCAGAGAGAGCUGUGACGGGCUACACUGACCCCUACACGAAAGCCUCAAUGUCCCUGUUCGAAGCCAUGAAGCAGGGGCUGAUUGUGAAGAGCCAUGGCAUCCGCCUGCUUGAGGCCCAGAUCGCCACCGGCGGCAUCAUCGACCCCGUGCACAGCCACCGCCUGCCCGUGGAGGUGGCCUACAAACGCGGCUACUUCGACCAGGAGAUGAACCAGAUCCUGUCCGACCCCAGCGACGACACCAAGGGCUUCUUCGACCCCAACACCCACGAGAACCUGACCUACAUGCAGCUACUGGAGAGAUGUGUCCAGGAUCCUGAGACUGGGCUGUAUAUGCUGCAGGUUGUAAAGGAAGGAGGGAAGUACUUCUACAUCGAUGAGUCCACAAAACAGGCUUUGCGCUCAAAGCCCCUCCAAGUGAAAGUCGGCAAGUUUAAGGACCAAACAGUUUCUGUCUGGGAAGUGCUCUGCUCUCACUACAUCUCAGAGCAGAAAAGGAAAGAGCUGGUGAUGCAGUACAAAAACAAAACCCUGACACUGGAAGAUCUGAUAUCCCUCAUCUUAAAAAUCAUCGAGGACACAGAGCAAAGAGCAGAAGCCCUCAAGGUCAAAGGACUGCGGGGGGAGGUGUCAGUGUCAGAACUGUUCAACUCUGAGAUAAUUGACAAGAAAACCCUGGAUCAGCUGCAUGAUGGGAGUCUAACACUCGCCACCCUCACAAAGAGGGACACCAUCCAAAGGUACCUGGAUGGCACUGGGAGCAUCGCUGGGGUUCUUCUCCCAUCGAGGAAGGAGAAGAUGAGCAUCUACCAGGCACUGAAGAAGGGCCUUCUCACAGAGCAGUGUGCGCUGGGGCUGCUGGAGGCGCAGGCGGCCACCGGCUUCCUCAUCGACCCCCUGAACAACCAGAAGCUGUCAGUGGAUGAGGCUGUGUCAUCUGGGCUGGUGGGCAGUGAACUGCGUGAGCAACUGCUGCUGGCAGAGAAAGCAGUGACGGGAUACACAGAUCAAACGGGAGCUAAAAUAUCCCUCUUCCAGGCUGUAAGGCAGAAGAGAACAGCCAGGGACCACGGCAUCCGCCUGCUCGAGGCCCAGCUCGCCACCGGCGGCAUCAUCGACCCUGUGCACGGCCACCGCCUGCCCCUGGACGUGGCCUAUCGGCGUGGGCACCUGGAUGAGGACAUGUUCCUCCUGCUCUCGGAUCCAGAUCAUGGCAGCAAAGGCUUCAUAGACCCAAACACUCGUGAGAAGAUCAGCUACAGUCAGCUCCUGCAGAGAUGUGCCAAGGACAGGGAGAGCGGCUUGUACCUGCUGCAGGUCCUGGAAAAGCAGGAUGACUAUUUCUACGUUGAUGAGCAAACAAAGAACACCCUGCUGUGUACAAUGGUCCAAGUGCCUGUGGGGAAAUACAAGGGACAAGUGUUAUCUCUGUGGGAACUUCUCUGCUCCGAGUACAUCACGGAGGAGAAAAGAAAAGAACUGCUGAAGAAAUACAAAGCAGAAUCUCAACAUAUAUUGCAAGGAAUCAUUGAGAUAAUACUAAAGAUCAUUAGAGAAAAAGAGGAAGACAGAAGUGAUGUCUGGUUCCAGGGAAUACGACAACAAAUAACAGCAUCAGAACUGCUCAGUGCACACAUAAUUACAGAAGAAACCAUGGAAAAACUCCACAAAGGAAAAGAGACGGCACAGGAGAUAGCACAAAUGGACAGUGUAAGGAGAUACCUUGAGGGAACUGGAAGCAUCGCCGGUGUUCUGGUGCCUUCCAAGGCUGAUCCCACCAAGAUGGAGAAGAUGAGCAUCUACCAGGCCAUGUGGAAGGGCAUCCUGAGGCAGGGCACGGCCCUGGUGCUGCUGGAAGCGCAGGCCGCCACAGGAUUCAUCAUUGACCCAGUCAACAACCAGAAGCUGUCAGUGGAUGAGGCCGUGUCAUCUGGGCUGGUGGGCAGCGAACUACAAAAGAAACUUCUCAGUGCAGAGAGAGCCGUGACAGGAUACACCCACCCCUACACAGGUCAAAAGAUGUCACUCUUCCAGGCCAUGCAGAAGGAACUGAUUGUGAGGGACCACGGCAUCCGCCUGCUCGAGGCCCAGAUCGCCACCGGCGGCAUCAUCGACCCUGUGCACAGCCACCGCCUGCCCGUGGAGGUGGCCUACAAACGUGGCUACUUCGACCAGGAGAUGAACCAGAUCCUGUCCGACCCUAGCGAUGACACCAAGGGCUUCUUCGACCCCAACACCCACGAGAACCUGACCUACGUGCAGCUGCUGCGCCGCUGCGUCCCCGACCCCGACACGGGGCUGCUCAUGCUGCAGCUGAUGGACAAGGGCUCCGUGCUCUACCAGCUGACCGAGGACGCCCGCAAAGCCCUGCAGGCCGCCCGCACCACCCUCAGCGUGGGGCUCUUCCAGGGCCAGAGCGUCACCGUCUGGGAGCUCCUCUUCUCCCGCUACGUCCCCGACCACCGGCGCCAGGAGCUCCUGCGCAGGUACAAGGCGGGCACGGUCACCCUGGCGGAGAUGAUCGACAUCCUCACCUCCAUCGUCACCAGGGCCGAGGCCCAGGGCCCCGGUGAUGACCUGGCCCCUAAGACCAUCCAUGAGGACACCCCACCAAAGUCAGGCCAGAAUGGUGAGGCCACAGGAUCCCGGCAGGACCAGGAACAGGAGCAGAAGAAGGAGAAGGAGAAGGAGAAGGAGCUGGAGCUGGAGCGCUCCCUCAAGUCCCACACUGUGGAGGUCUCAGCAGGAGACUUCCAGGGCAGGAAGGUGUCCCUGUGGGAGCUCCUCUUCUCCCAGUACGUGGCCGAGUCCAAGCGGCAGGAGCUGCUGGGGCAGGUACGGGCCGGGACUCUGGCGCUGGCCAAGCUGGCCACGCUCCUCAGCCGGCUGGUGGAGGAGGCGGCGCAGCGCAGCAGCAGCGUCAAAUUCACGGGCCUGCGGAGGCAGGUGACGGCCUCGGACCUGCUGGACUCGGGCAUCAUUGACAGGGACACGCUGGACGAGCUGGUGCAGGGCUCAAGGACGGUGCAGGAGGUGACAGAAAUGGCCUCCGUCAAGCGCUACCUGGACGGCACGGGCGUCAUCGCCGGCGUGCUGGUGCCCUCCAAGGCCGACCCCACCAAGAUGGAGAAGAUGAGCAUCUACCAGGCCAUGUGGAAGGGCAUCCUGAGGCAGGGCACGGCCCUGGUGCUGCUGGAAGCGCAGGCCGCCACAGGAUUCAUGGUCGAUCCCGUCAACAACCAGAAGCUGUCAGUGGAUGAGGCCGUGUCGUCCGGGCUGGUGGGCAGCGAACUGCAGGAGAAACUGCUGUCGGCCGAGAGGGCCGUGACGGGCUACUCCGACCCCUACACGGGCGACAAGAUCUCCCUCUUCCAGGCCAUGAAGAAGGAGCUGAUUGUGAGGGACCAUGGCAUCCGCCUGCUCGAGGCCCAGAUCGCCACCGGCGGCAUCAUCGACCCCGUGCACAGCCACCGCCUGCCCGUGGAGGUGGCCUACAAACGUGGCUACUUCGACCAGGAGAUGAACCAGAUCCUGUCCGACCCCAGCGAUGACACCAAGGGCUUCUUCGACCCCAACACCCACGAGAACCUGACCUACGUGCAGCUGCUGCGCCGCUGCGUCCCCGACCCCGACACGGGGCUGCUCAUGCUGCAGCUGAUGGACAAGAGCUCCGUGCUCUACCAGCUGACCGAGGACGCCCGCAAAGCCCUGCAGGCCGCCCGCACCACCCUCAGCGUGGGGCUCUUCCAGGAUCAGAGCGUCACCGUCUGGGAGCUCCUCUUCUCCCGCUACGUCCCCGACCACCGGCGCCAGGAGCUCCUGCGCAGGUACAAGGCGGGCACGGUCACCCUGGCGGAGAUGAUCGACAUCCUCACCUCCAUCGUCACCAGGGCCGAGGCCCAGGGCCUUGGUGAUGACCUGGCCCCUAAGACCAUCCAUCAGGACGCCCCACCAAAGUCAGGCCAGAAUGGUGAGGCCACAGGAUCCCGGCAGGACCAGGAACGGGAGCAGGAGAAGGAGAAGGAGCUGGAGCUGGAGCGCUCCCUCAAGUCCCACACUGUGGAGGUCUCAGCAGGAGACUUCCAGGGCAGGAAGGUGUCCCUGUGGGAGCUCCUCUUCUCCCAGUACGUGGCCGAGGCCAAGCAGCAGGAGCUGCUGGGGCAGGUGCGGGCUGGGACUCUGGCGCUGGCCAAGCUGGCCACGCUCCUCAGCCGGCUGGUGGAGGAGGCGGCACAGCGCAGCAGCAGUGUCAAAUUCACGGGCCUGCGGAGGCAGGUGACGGCCUCGGACCUGCUGGACUCGGGCAUCAUUGACAGGGACACGCUGGACGAGCUGGUGCAGGGCUCAAGGACGGUGCAGGAGGUGACAGAAAUGGCCUCCGUCAAGCGCUACCUGGACGGCACGGGCGUCAUCGCCGGCGUGCUGGUGCCCUCCAAGGCCGACCCCACCAAGAUGGAGAAGAUGAGCAUCUACCAGGCCAUGUGGAAGGGCAUCCUGAGGCAGGGCACGGCCCUGGUGCUGCUGGAAGCGCAGGCCGCCACAGGAUUCAUGGUCGAUCCCGUCAACAACCAGAAGCUGUCAGUGGAUGAGGCCGUGUCGUCCGGGCUGGUGGGCAGCGAACUGCAGGAGAAGCUGCUGUCGGCCGAGAGGGCCGUGACGGGCUACUCCGACCCGUACACGGGCGAAAAGAUCUCCCUCUUCCAGGCCAUGCAGAAGGAGCUGAUUGUGAGGGACCACGGCAUCCGCCUGCUCGAGGCCCAGAUCGCCACCGGCGGCAUCAUCGACCCCGUGCACAGCCACCGCCUGCCCGUGGAGGUGGCCUACAAACGCGGCUACUUCGACCAGGAGAUGAACCAGAUCCUGUCCGACCCCAGCGAUGACACCAAGGGCUUCUUCGACCCCAACACCCACGAGAACCUGACCUACGUGCAGCUGCUGCGCCGCUGCGUCCCCGACCCCGACACGGGGCUGCUCAUGCUGCAGCUGAUGGACAAGGGCUCCGUGCUCUACCAGCUGACCGAGGACGCCCGCAAAGCCCUGCAGGCCGCCCGCACCACCCUCAGCGUGGGGCUCUUCCAGGGCCAGAGCGUCACUGUCUGGGAGCUCCUCUUCUCCCGCUACGUCCCUGAGCUCCAGAGAGAGGAGCUGCUGAGGAAAUACAAGGCAGGGACAGUGAGCAUCCCACAGAUGACGACCAUCCUCACCACCACCAUCACCGGGGCAGAAGUGGGAAACGGGGGUUGAGCUUGUCCACAGCCAAACCCAGCAAUGAGGUGA